UAUUGUUUAUCUAUGUCUCAAAUAUUUACUUAGUUUUACCAAUAUCAAGAUUUUAUAUGAUGUUAUCAGUAGUGAGCAUUGCUGUAUGUUAGAGGUAAUCUAUUAAGCAUUUUACAUGUGUGUUAUAUUUGAUGAAAGAGUUUUGUGGUGAAUAGGUUUAACCCACAUUGGCAUGCGGUAGGAAAACAUGAUGAGGGAGUGUAGAUUCAAAGAGUUUGGUUACGAAACGUCCAUGAAAAAGCAGAAGUGAGCAGGAAAUCAGAUGUCAGUGACGACAUACUUUAUGAGUUACACUCGCUUGUCUUCUGUUUCCUCUCUGUGCUUUGCAGCCCAACUCAAAAAUGAGCGACUCUGUGCAUAUUCUGCUUCGUGUGAUCGUUCUUCUUCAUUUUGCCCCUUGUACACAGACCACAGAACCUUUUUAUGACAUCACAGACCCAGCGUUUAUCGAGGAGUGCGUCAAAGAACACAAUAGUCACCGAACCAAGGUGAAUCCUCCUGCCAGCAACAUGAGAUACAUGACAUGGGAUGAGGGUUUGGCGAUAAGCGCACGGGCAUGGGCGAGCAAUUGCAUCUUUGAGCAUAACCCUCAUCUUCAGCAGCCGGGCAAAAUGCAUCCCAUCUUUACACCUGUGGGUGAAAAUAUCUGGGCCGGUGCCCCGUAUGGAAGUUUCAAAGUGCAGUCUGCUAUAAAGUUAUGGGUGGAUGAAGACCAAUAUUAUAACUAUGAUAGCAAUGCGUGCUCAAACGUAUGCGGCCACUAUACACAGGUUGUCUGGGCAGACACGUACAAAGUUGGUUGUGCUGCACAAGCAUGUCAGAAUGGUAUUGCUAAAACAACUUUUUCAACAGUUUCUGGAAUUAUAUUUGUGUGCAACUACGCAUCAGCAGGAAAUUAUGCCGGUGCGUCUCCAUACAAAAAGGGCAAAUCAUGCAGCCAUUGCGGCACAGAGACGUGUGAAAAUAACCUCUGUCGCAACUCAACACGGGAUAUCCUGAAGAGGUAUAACUGGAGGCCGGACUGGGACCCUGCACUCUCCACAUGCAGUUCAUUCUGUAGAUCUGUUCUGGUUAUCAGACCUGUGUCCAUUGUGUUCAUAUUCAUCAGUGUUUUCUGCCUGAAGCAGUAUUAUCCAAAUCUAUUUAUAUAUGAGUAAAACCAGCAGCUUCCCCAAAUCAACCUUUCAGUUCUCCUUUUGUUUGUUUGUACAUUAUUGCAAUCCAUUACAUUCAAAAACCCAUAAAGAAAAACAUUAUAAUUGUAGUUAGGGAGAAAUCGUUUGUGCAACAUAUUGGGUAAGACGACCUCAAAACUUUUAACAUUUCCUUUGAAAUACUACAAAAUAUAGUGUGAAACAAUCCAAAUUUAUUUACAAAUAUCAAAGUCAAUAUAACAGUUGGAUUGAGUGAAAAAAAUAUUCAUUUAUCACUCUGGAAAUGCAGGGUAGCAUUGUGGUAAAAAGCAUUUCAAGAAUCUGUUGUUAUAUUCUGCACAUGCUGACAAGUGUAAUGGGGACAUAAUGAUAUAAAUGUCAGACUGUGAACAGGACACAACAAUAAAAAUAGUAUGAGUGGCUUUCAUAGAGAAAAUGAUAACAGUUUUGUGAUGUUAACACACGGUACAAAGUCUCCUCUCAACUGUAAAGUCCAAGAUAAAUUUAAGCAUUCAACUGAGUUUCAAAUUAAAUGUCGACUGCAAAUGAUGUUUUAAAUAAACACAUUAAGACAAUGUUGUAAUAACUCAUGAUGACAUCAUUAAAUCUCAAUGACAGAAGUGGACAUGUUAA